AUGACAAUUGACUCGGAUUUAGAUCAGAACUCCGCUCAUAGCAUCGUCGUUGAGUCCGUAAACCCCGAUGGCAUGAGUUUAGAUAAGUCAGGAACAGAGCUAUAUAAUGCAGCCGUUGCCUUCUGCAGAUAUGAGAGCGAACAACAACUUCAUUUGCAUACUGCCCAUCAUCGCUUAUCAAUACCAGACCUACAUAUCAUGGCUUCUGCAGCUCAAACUCAAUGCGGGAAUCGCCCUCUUCUAGCUACCACCGAAAUCUGCGCGGGUGGUACCUACAUCGUGACUGGAGCCAACACGGGCCUAGGCUUCGAGGCAGCCAAGCACCUUGUCGGGCUCGAGGCUGCAAAGGUCAUCGUCGCCGUACGUAACAUCAGCGCAGGUGAAAAGGCUAAGAAGGAUAUCGAAGAGUCAACAGGAAGGAUUGGUGUUGCUGAGGUCUGGCCGCUCGAUCUGGCAAGCUAUGACUCUGUCAAGACAUUUGCACAGAAGGCGACUACAGAGCUCGAUAGGAUUGAUGCUGUGAUUGAAAAUGCGGCUGUUGCAGUCUCAGAGCGCGUCUUCGCUGAGGGUCACAGCAUGUCUGUCACUGUCAAUGUGCUCAGCACGUUCCUUCUUGCGGUGCUUAUCUUGCCCAAGAUGAGGGAAACUGCGGAGCGAUAUGGAAUUGUACCCCAUCUUACGCUCGUGACCAGUCUGGUUGGAUUCGAUGCUAAGGAUCUCUGGGAUAAAAUCAAGGAUGAUCCGGUGAACAAGGUGGAUGGGGAUGACAUUCCACCAAUGCGCACACGCGUACAAACCUGUUUAUCUGGUGCUGAAGUCACGGAUGAGAUAUCCACUUUCCAAGGUCUUGACAACCAUGGCACUACGUCAUCUUGCACUCUGUUGCCGGUGGAUCGCACCGGAGUUGUGUUGAAUCUGGUCUGUCCGGGACUUUGCAAGACUGACCUGAGCCGCAACGCACCAGCACAAUUUCGGGAGGGCCUCACCGAGCGUCUCGAAGAAUAUGGACGGACUGCUGAGGACGGCAGUCGUACGCUUCUUCAUGGGGCUGUGGCAGGAAAUGAGAGCCACGGGUGCUUGCUUCAUUCCUGCGAAAUUGGAGAGUAA